AUGGCCGCGCCGCCGUCAGGGGCCGCCGAGCACGCUGGAAGGGAAGGGGCGCCGCCGUCGGGCCCAUGCCCCUACGCCGCAGAUGUUGGAGAGGAAGCCACCGUAGAUGCCGUCGCGGCGGAAGAAGCUACCGUGGAAGGUGUGGCCAGGAGGAGCAGGGCGAGGUCGAGCUCCAUUGGGGCGCCGCCGCCCCCGAGGUGGCCAUGGGGAGUGGCCACGCGCUCGCCACGCCGGGGGAGAGGGCAAGGCGCCACCAUCCAUCAUCGACGCCCCCAUGCCCCGAUUAAAUCACGCGCCAAGAAGGGGCGCCAGCGUCUAGGGGCUAGCCAACGCCACACACCAAGGCGAUGUAGAGGAUGGGGGAUUGGGGAGGGUACGAGUGGAGAAGAUACAACUAAUAGAUAA